GCCCCGCAUCCGGUCCGGAGUGCGAGCGCUUUGAGGGUUCCUCCCGGCUCCGAGAAGUGGCGGUUUCGUUUUUGGACGCUCUUUUCAAAGCGGGUGUUGGGAGGCCGCCGACAGGGCGAGCGCGGCGGCCUGCCGGGGUCGCGGGGUGGGAAAGUUUCCUGCACCAACCCUGCCCGUGACGCAGCGUGGGCCCUAGGUCGUCAGGGUCGCCCUGGGGCUUGGUCCCGAGACCGCCCAUGCAUCUGUUCUCUGGUGGGGGCGUCUGGUGCUUGUGGCCCGGGGGCGCUGUGGGCGACACUGCGAGGGGUGACGCGAGGCUCGGGGGCAGUGAGGGGAGGACCGGUCGGAGUCUCCUGGCAGCCAGACCGGGACGUGGUUCUGGAGAUGGUCCCGCCUCUGACUCCCUCCCAGAUAAAUUCUGAAUCGGAGGGCUUAGGAGACCGUGUGGGAGGACCGGGGGCCAGUACUUUUCUUUCCGAAGUCAGUGCCCCGUCUGCCAGUCAGAAGCAAAGGAAGACGAGCUUGAGGACAUUCGGGGCCACCACUGGAGGAAUGUGGGAUCUCUAGGCCGAUAGCCGGUGUUCCUUGCUUUUGGGGGAGCGGAAGGUUGCGGGCAGUUUGGGACUUUUUCUGAGAAAUGGGGCUCUUUAUUUAUAAACAAUCUAAUACAGUAAACCUCCUAGGCCUUUUUCCUCACGGGAAACAGGAGUAUGAAUGGUACUCAGCAGAUAGUUGUAAGCACCGCUGAUAGAAGUUAUAAGCCCUAAAGGGUAGUUUGUAGAGCAUCCGGCACCCUGACCCACGCAAGUGUUAGUGCAGUUCUUCAAAAUGUUUGAGCUGUUUUCUCAAACAUCAAGUCAGACAUAUUUAGAAAGCCUUAUUUUAUUUUUAUUUUGAAAUAGGUUUACAAUUACAGAGAAGUUGCAAAAGUAAUACAGUUCUCUCCAGCUUUAAAGUGAACGCCUUACAUAACGAUAGUACAAUUAUAAAAGGUUUUUCUAUGUGAGUGGAGAAGACAGUCACUGCAAGUAGAAGUGACACAGCAUUUUUUAAGGAUGUCUGAAGAUGAAGAAAAAGUGAAAUUACGCCGUCUUGAACCAGCUAUACAGAAAUUCAUUAAGAUAGUAAUCCCAACAGACCUGGAGAGGCUAAGAAAGCACCAAAUAAAUAUUGAGAAGUAUCAAAGGUGCAGAAUCUGGGAUAAGUUGCAUGAAGAGCAUAUCAAUGCGGGACGUACAGUUCAGAGAGCAUGCACUAACAAUGGGGAGGGGCAGAGUAAAGAGGAGAGAAUGCAAACCCCCACUGAGUACGGAGUCCUGUAUGGAUCCCAAGACCUGGAUCAUGACCUAGCCGAAAUCAAGAGUCAGAUGUUUAACCAACUGAGCCACCUGCAACUCCGUUCCAAUAUCCGAGAAAUGGAGAAACUUUGUUUGAAAGUCCGAAAGGAUGACCUGGUACUUCUGAAGAGAAUGAUAGAUCCUGUUAAAGAAGAAGCAUCAGCAGCAACAGCAGAAUUUCUUCAACUCCAUCUGGAAUCUGUAGAAGAACUUAAGAAACAGUUUCAUGAUGAAGAAACUUUAUUACAGCCUUCUUUGACCAGAUCCAUGACUGUUGGUGGAACAUUUCACACUGCUGAGGCUGAAGCCGAUCCUCAGAAUAUGACUCAGGUAUAUGCGUUGCCUGAAAUUCCUCAAGACGAAAAUGCUGCAGAAUCAUGGGAAACCUUAGAAGCGGACUUAAUUGAACUUAGCCAACUGGUCACUGAUUUCUCUCUCCUAGUGAAUUCUCAGCAGGAGAAGAUUGACAGCAUUGAAGACCAUGUCAACAGAGCUGCUGUGAAUGUUGAAGAGGGAACCAAAAACUUGGGGAAGGCUGCAAAAUACAAGCUGGCAGCUCUGCCUGUGGCAGGUGCACUCAUCGGAGGAGUGGUAGGGGGUCCGAUUGGCCUCCUCGCAGGCUUCAAAGUGGCAGGAAUUGCAGCUGCACUUGGUGGUGGGGUGUUGGGCUUCACAGGUGGAAAAUUGAUACAAAGAAAGAAACAGAAAAUGAUGGAGAAGCUCACUUCCAGCUGUCCAGAUCUUCCCAGCCAAACUGACAAAAAAUGCAGUUAAAAACCAAACUUCAGCAUUAUUGGCGCCAACGUGUCUAUCCUAAUGAGGACCUUUGCUGCUGUUGGACACUCAGUCAGCUUUUGGAACAUGAUUAUGUCAAGAUAGUGGCUAUAGAUGCUCAAAUGGGAUUGAAUUGUGAUAAGUAGAUAUAUUUUGUUGUUUGCUGGAGUGUUAGGGAGACGGUAGAGAUCAAGGACCCUGGGUUGAGGGUGUGUAAUGUCAGGUAAAGUUUAAAGACUGCCAAGGACCAGAUUUUCUGCCUAGAAAUGUGAAAAAUGAAUUUUUAACUUUGAUAAGGACUCGAGAUGUGUGGACAUGAUGGGUUAUGGAAGGCUGGUGUAUUCCAUAACCCUACUUGGAGACCCUAAGACUAAGUGAAUUAAAAAUAUGCUUAUUGAUCUCCUAUAUAUAGGAGGUUAUUUAGGCCUGUUAACAAAGAAAAGAAUGGGGAGUUCAAGAGCCUUUCUUAUCAAAUAAAUCAGGAUCUAGUCAGGGGCACAGGUGAACCACAUAAUGGAGUCCAUUUGGUGAACCCUUUUAUAGUUUGGUCCACCUGUAUUUUCUGGUGAAGGACACUAAUAGUGAAAGAAAAUGGAAAGAGAGGUGCAGCUUCUCUUUGAGAUACCUUAAUUUGUGACACUGGCUUCUUUGAACUCUUCCUUCUAUCUUUUUAAAUAAAGAACACAGAAUCUCAAGUGAUAGGAGACUAUUAAGCCAGUCACUAAACUUGGUCUGUCAGCCUGUCUCUUAACAACUCAAAAAUCUAGUGCCCUCUGCCUUCCCUCCCUUGUAAUUCUGCAAAGUUCUUUGACUUGUGGGGUGAAUUCUACCCAUGUGUAAUGAGGACUUUUCUCCUAAUCUGCUUUCUUGUAUUGUCUCCCAUAUCCAUUCAUCCUUUCCUAUAACCUCUAGGUAAAAAAGAGAAAGAAAGGAAAUCUCAAAUAUUUCCAACACUGUUAGAGUUUGAGGUAAAAAAUAAGCAGGUAGCAGAGGGUACCAGAUCAUUUCUUGGGGCAUCUUACAAUUUUAAGAGACUGAUGUACUGGCCAUGCGGGGAAUCUCUGACCCUAUGUCUUUUCAGCUGGCCUUUUGGGGAGCUAAGAACUAGCUUUCUACCUCACUUCUGUUAACCACCAUCCUUUUCCCCAGGCUUUGCUGUCUCCUAUGCUUUACUUUUCCCAGCUGUUAUCUCUUCCCAGGAGUGGCGUUCCUGCUCACCUUUCCUCAUAUUCAAGAUGAUAGACAAAGCCUGGUGCCAAGAGUGAUCCUGAUGAAGGAUUUGUGGUGCUAAUUCCAACACUUGACAUUGACAGCAAACAUGGCCCCGCCCAACCCAAAUAACAAAAAGGUUUUAAUUUUGUGAAAAAAGAAUUGAAAAUCACAGGUAGCCUCAUCCUGUACCCCCAGUUCAUUUGACAUAGGAAGGAGCCACCUUUUGCCUUAAUCUUUACUGUUUUCUGAGAGUAGAGGAAUGGUCACCUGUACCACAAAAUGUGUGAGCUCAGGAGCCAAACAGAUUCCUCAGGUGGUUGAAUGUUUAUCAUUUCUCUCUUGUUGAGUUAUUCUUAAUAAUUUUUAUUGUUUUCUUGAUACUUUUCUUUGUCUAAUAUAGCCAGACUUUUCUUUCUUACACUUGUUUUUUUUUUUACUUUUACCAAUGAAUUCUAAUGAAGAGAAAGCAUCAUUUCUUACUGGCAUUAAAUAACUGGAAAAUAUCAAGUAUUGCUAUCUGAGAAUUGUAUCUUCAGUAUAGUACCAAGAAGGAAGUGCCUUGAAUAAGUGUCCAGUUCUGAUACGGUAUUUGAUACUGGAUACCUGUAAGGCUAGAAUAAUUACUUUGGAACUACACUUUUUAAAAUAUUUU